UCAAACUUCCGGUCUUCUUCCUCUGGCUUUAGCAAAACAACAAUGGCGUCCUGUAGCGAGGAGAAGGUUACAGCCACUGGAGAGGAACAGGCGGAAACCUCGACCUCUCAGAAGAGAGAGGAGAGACUUCGUAAAUUCAGAGAGUUACAUUUCAAACGGAAUGAAGCACGUAAACUGAAUCACCAAGAGGUUGUGGAGGAGGAUAAGAGACUGAAGCUUCCUGCUAAUUGGGAGGCUAAAAAAGCCCGACUGGAAUGGGAGCUUACUGAAAGUGAGAAGAAAAAGGAAUGUGCUGCCCGUGGGGAGGAGUAUGACAGAGUGAAGUUGCUGGAAGUCACUGCUGAUGAUGCAGAUAGGUGGGAGAGGAAGAAGAAGAAGAAGAAUCCAGACCAAGGAUUUGCAGGUUAUGCUGAGGCCCAGUUACGACAGUACCAGAGACUCACCAAGCAAAUCAAACCAGAUUUGGAAAGUUACAAGAAACUGAGAGAGGAAAGUGGUGAAGAUUUCUUCCCGACUUCCAACAGCCUGAUACACGGCACUCAUGUUCCCACAAAGGAGGGCAUUGACCGCAUGGUGGAGGAUGUUGAAAAACAGAUUGAGAAGCGCGCCAAAUACAGCCGGCGCCGGGCCUACAACGACGACGCAGACAUCGACUACAUCAACGAGAGAAACGCCAAGUUCAACAAGAAGGCGGAGCGUUUCUAUGGCAAAUACACGGCAGAGAUCAAACAGAACCUGGAGAGAGGCACGGCCGUGUAGCGGGUCCAUCCACCUCAGCGGUUCACCGAUUCCAACAUAUUUUUAUUGUGCUUUCCUACAGUGCAUGUAUCUACAAGUAGACGUGGAAUUUGCUUUACAAAUCACUUUUUAUAUCAGGUUGUGAUUAUGUUAAGCUGACAUUUCUUUAAGGCAUGUCAUGUUUUGUUUUUGCUUUGUACAGUAUUACAUGAUUAAAACACUUAUAAUCCUUA